UCCUGGACGUUGUUCCUGGUUUUUGGACUUCUGGGUGUGCACGGAGGCAUUUUUGCCAUUACAGCUUUUAAAGAAUUAUUCUUAAUCAGGAACUCUUGUAGGAACGACCUUCAUUAAUGCCCGCUAACCAGUGAGUUGUUUAAAACAUGCCUGAAUCAUAGUUUUGUUAUCAGUUACACACACACGCGUAGAGAGAUUCGUGUGGUUUUUUUAAAUCGAAAGUCUUCCCGAGGGAGUGAACUGGGGAAGGACCUAUAUCCCCCCACCCCGACACACAUAUAUACACACACAAGAGCUGGAGCGCACUUAUAGCUGCUGUUUGUCCGCACCAUGAGCGAACAGGGACUGUCGGACGAGGCUGCGGCCGCCGCUGCAGAUAAAGAAGCGAAUCCCAUCACCAAGGACUACAUGCUGCAGCAGACUAUGCUCAGGGUAAAAGACCCAGUGAAAUCUCUGGACUUCUACACCCGUGUCUUGGGCAUGACGUUGCUUCAGAAAAUCGAUUUUCCGUCCAUGAGGUUCACACAUUAUUUCCUGGGCUACGAGGACAAGGAGGAGAUCCCCAAGGAUUUGAAAGAGAGAACAGCUUGGACCUUCUCCCGCAGAGCCACCGUUGAGCUCACGCAUAACUGGGGCUCGGAGGCCGACGAAACUCAGGCAUACCACAAUGGAAACUCGGAGCCCCGUGGUUUUGGACAUAUAGGCAUUGCAGUGCCUGACAUGGAUGCUGCCUGCAAGAUGUUUCAACAGCAGGGAGUCAUAUUUGUCAAGAAGCCAGAUGAAGGUAAAAUCAAGGGGAUAAUCUUCAUACAGGAUCCUGAUGGAUACUGGAUUGAAAUCCUAAACCCAAAUGCAAUGGUCUCCAUCAUGAACUAGAGAAGCCAGGAAGAUCCUGGAAAAGUGGGAUGAGAGGAAAACAGUUUAAGAACAAGCAGGGAGUGCGAAGUGAGCUAUCCAUGGGAUCAGAAGUGGAUGGCACUGAGAGGAACUCAAAUUAUGAAAAUGGUGCAACCAGUCUGGAUGCCAACAGUUCAGUUUUAAAUGUUUUAUCUGUGUUCUGUUACUUUUUUGCAGUGAACAAGGAAUACUUCUCUCUAAGGCAGUGAAGAGGUGAAUCUCAGAUACUUGAGUAGAAUCAUGGUGUUUACAUGUUUUAGGUUCAAAUAGACUAUGCUUUCUAGUUUGCUUAUUGUUUUGUUUUACUGGUAUGUAUGGAAGUUGUCAGUGUCAGCUGUGUGUUCCUUGGGACUGUGAAUCACAUACAUAUGAAAUAUAACAAGUAAUAUUUAAAAUAGACAUAUGUCAGUAUAUGUUACAAAAUGCAUCUAUAUAGGUUGGGAUUAUAUAAAAAAAAAAAUAAAUGGGAACUGAGGUAUUUCUAAUGUCUGGUAAAGUUCCUUUAUCAUUGCUUCAGUUCAUUGACCUUACUUUUUAAGGUUAUGUUGCAUUAGCUGGGACAUGCAAAAGGUAACUAUCAAAGUGUAAACUUGCUGUACAGGAGUCCUGUUAGAGAUAAUGUAGUUUACUGUAUAUUAAUUUAUAAAAUAAGUCAUUUAAAUUACCUCAUUACAUAUGUAAUUACUGUUAUUACAGAAGACACCGAAAAGACUUCUGAGGUUUUUGAACAUUUACAAUGUCCUUUUGUUCUCGGUUGUGUUACAGUUCAGUUCCAGUUGCCUGUUCUUACAGCUGGGUCUUUAGCUAAAUGCAAUCAACUUCAAAUUAAAAUGACAGUUUAUCUGUAGGUCAGCAUUGUUAUUGUUAGAAAAGUAACAUCAGUAUAUGAGAGGUAUAUCAAUGAAGACAAAUAAGAGAACCAACUCUGCAGAAAUGGAAGUGCCAACAUUCAAUGUUCAGUAGAGUCCACAUAGAAUGAUAUGAUCACAAUAAAAUCUGAGUUGAAAAUGUAAAGAAGUUUUUCCCUGCACUGCAGUGCUUCACCAUU